AGUUUUAAAGUUAACCUGUCACCUUUGGGGAAGUGUUUACAGGUGAUGUGCAGGUAGCAGUUUGCCAAAGCAGUGUACCCCCACACUUUUAAUCUUUCACUCCAACAGUUCACUGGUUUGUUUCUGUGGAGGAUUUGCACAGCCUCUGUCCUCUUUGAGAGAUAAGAUGUUGGAUUUGAGCAAAGAGUGGAGCAUCUCGUUUGCAGGAUGCGGUUUUAUGGGGAUUUAUUAUGUCGGGGCCUGCAGCUGCAUCCUCGAGAGAUCCCCUCGAUUCAUACGAGACGCCUCUCAGAUCUGCGGGGCGUCUGCAGGAGCUCUCAUGGCUGCUGUCCUCAGUUUGGAGAUCCCCCUGGAGAAAUGCUGCGCCGAUCUGAUGUUCAUGGCCAAAGAGGCGAGGAAGCGCAAACUGGGUCCCUUUCACCCGGCGUACGACCUGCUGCAGAUCGUCAGGGACUCUAUGAUGAGGUGUCUCCCUGAAGACGCUCACGUCCUCGCCUCCGGGAAGCUCUGCGUGUCGCUGACCCGAGUGUCUGAUAGGAAGAAUGUGCUGGUGUCAGAGUUCGACAGCAGAGAGGAAGUCAUUCAGGCUCUCCUAUGCAGCUGCUUUGUCCCUCUCUACUGUGGGGUUAUUCCACCGACUUACCGUGGAGUGCAUUACGUGGACGGCGCCGCCAGUGACAACCAGCCUCGGUGUCACGUGAAGAACACCAUCACGUUCUCUGCGUACGCGGGCGAGAGCGAUCUCUGUCCUCGGGCGAGCACGCUCAACUUCCACGAGGUGCGCUUCAAGAACAUGAGCAUCCAGGUGAACUCGGAGAACGUGUACAGAGUGACGAGCACCUUCUUCCCCCCGCAGGCCGAGGAAAUGGCUGAAAUCUGUCAGAACGGCUACAUGGAUGCUCUCCGCUUCCUGCAGGAACACAAUCUGAUCAGCAGCGAGUCUCCAAUGAGAAGCCUGGAAACAGACGCACCUGCAGCAGCCUGCUGUGAGCUGAGAGAGGAGUCGGCUGAAGAUGAACACACACAACAGAGCAGACUGAAGCCGGCGCAGGAGGUGCACUGGUGGCUGGAUCGACAGCUCAUAGAUAAACUCCCCCUCAACAUUAAGAAGGCGCUGUGUGAGGCCUGCAGAGAGACACACACUCCUGGUGGGCUUUUGUCCCACGUGUCCGAGUACCUGCCAAAGAUCCCGAGUAUUCUGCCUGUGGUUACAGCCUGCUCCAUCGCACAGAGACUUGUGAACUGGAUCCCUGAUGUACCAAAGGACGUGGGCUGGCUCUACGGUGUGGCCGGUAACAUUUACAAUCAAGCCUGGAAAGGAAAGGAGGAGGACUUCGACAGUGAGACCCCACUACGCCGAUGUAAAAGCCUGCCGUCAGGUCUGAACCUGCCACACCUGACACAAGAAGACAUGAACGCUCUCCCCAUGACUCCAGAAGCCUCUCCCACCUCGGUGUUCACCUUCACCUGGAACAAACAGAACGAGCUGGACCUCAUGUCCCUGACUCCGCCCCCGACACCCACCUGCAGCCUCACCUCCAGGUUUGAUGAAGUCGUCUCAGAGUCGCCAAACAGUUCAGGUGGAGGCUGGGGUCUGGGCAGAGCGGUGGGGUGGAUCCGAAAUAUAGCAUCUGAGCAAACGGCCAAGAAAAAAGACGAUUCAGCUUCAUACCCUAAGCUCAAGUAGGUUUAUUUAAAGGCACUGAAAGAUGUGAAAACAAGUGAUGAAUAAAGUGAUGCAAAAUGUG